CAAAACAAUUAUUUCAUGUGGUAUCUUGAAAGGGAUUUUUUGUUUUGUUUGGCUUAAGUUAGGUGAUACCUUGAAAGUCUAGUUACCUACGAAGAGACUCAAAUGUAGUGUUGAGUUUGAUCAUUACGGUUUCGUUACAGGAUUAGAGAAAUACAAGUGAGACUUAUAAUUAGUCUUAUAUUUUUACCCGAAAUGAGAAUUAGACAGAUGUGUAAUUAUCAUUCACAUAUAUUUACUUCUUAUAUUCGUUAUAUAAUUGUUAUAUAACAUAGAUUGGCCCAAAUCAUAUUUUGCAUUGUAAAAUAUGCAAUUAUGUGUAAUACUUUGCAGUUUAAAACUUUCUCCUGAGUGUCUUUCAUUAUUCUUGGUAUUGGAUAAAAACGGACAAAUAGUCCUCUCCUUACUACAAAAUCUACAAAUUUUAUAAGGCUAAACCUAACUAGAAAGACAGAGUCGAAGAGCUUAUCUUUACUCUAACUUAUAGAAAUACUCAUGAAAUGAAGAAGGUUGAAAGAAAUUACCUUCAUUCCUUAUUAAAGAUUUUAGCUUUCUGAUUUAUGUGAUAAAAUUGUUUAGUGGGACAGAAACAGUCUGAUGUAUAUAGGAUGAUAUACACCGCGAACACGUUAAGAGUGGUAGACAGAGGUGCCUUGACUAUAUAUAUAUAUAUAUAUAUAUAUAUGCAUGCAUGCAGACUUGGUCAUCCAGCAUGGGCUUAAGCUGAUAGGGAAGAGUAUAAAAAUACCGCAUUCAAAGCCGAUAGGUUCGAGCAUAGGUACGACAUGCUUAUGAUGCUUGGCGCAAUCGUCGCCGGCAUCCUCAUCAACUACAGUGGCCAAAGGUGGCCUUUCGCAUUUGAAAUUGUUAUGUACGCUGUGGGGGACGUCGUGGUCAGCAUCAGGUCAAGGAUGGCUACCUACAGAAUCGACCGAGGUUUCAUGACGGUCGAAACGACGCUUGGCGUAGUUGUAAGCCGCGUAUAUACUGCUAAGAUGGCGCCUGCCAGAGUUUGGGGAUUCCUUGGGUCAUUCCCUUAGGUAAUAAAACGUAAUUAACUUACUUAAUUGGCAAAAUACACUUAUAUAGCCACAACUUUCACGUUUGUGACAAUAAUAGCCACAUUCUCAUAAAUACACAAACUAGUCAGAAAUUCGGGUGGUUGUAUGACAAAUCUAGCUAUUUGUUAUAAACUUUAACGGUGUUAGAGAUUCCGUCUGUUAGAUUAACAUUAUGCUAAUUAGGAUACCACCCUGAUGCACACGUCAGCAAAAUGACUCUUGUACCCAAAGAUUUGCUUCUCCUUAACAUUCACACAAUGAGAUAUAUUUGAUGCACAACCAUUUGAUACUUUAGUGCCUUUUUUACCGCACAUAAGAUCUCAUUUUCAUGGUUCACUAGGGUAUAACAAGCUUUCACCAUCUUGGAAUUUGUAGACUCUCUUAGAAAAAAAGACUCUUUCUUAUUUUCAUAUCCUUUAAAUCACGACGACCAUUUGCAUGAUUGGUUUUUCUUUUAAUGUCUAACAAUGUUCAUAAAACAUUGUCACAAACAUUCUUCUUGAUAUGCAUAACAUCAUAACAUCAAGGUUAUGACCUAGCGUAUUAUGCUCCCAAUAAGGCAAUUUGAAAAAAUCAAAACCUUCGAGAACAGACCUCUUUUCUCACUUGUCUUCUUUUCUUUCUUACUGAAGUCAUUGAUGAAUCUGAUAAACUCUUCCUUGAUCUGCGAACCUAAUAAUGAUGUCGGUCUCGACCCAAACUCUGGUUUGCAAUAAAAAAAGCUCAUGUUCUUCUUCCAACAGUGUUUUGCAUCAAAGUAAUCUAUGUGGGCCAAAGCAAACGUUACUAUUUUGAAAGAACUAGCCAGCUUCUCACAUAUAACCUGUGUCCUCAUAUUAUAUAUAGACUAGUCACAUAAAUGCAUAGUAGUAUAAGAUACAACUCCAUUACCAGGAGAUAUUUAGAAAAAUAAUCAAGAGGGGGGGGGGGGACCUUCAAAGUAGCAAGGACAUUUAUUCUAACAACACAACUGAGUCCACGUUUUAAAAGUGCAAGAACUAAAAUGAAAUUACCUAAUAUACUUUGUUGCACCAUAUCUAUUGAGGCUGUUGACAUCAAAAAUAUAUCAAAAGGCUGUAAAUUCAACAUACAUUAUAAUCGUAUAGCUUAGAGCCAGAAAUCCAACAACACACAUAAGUAAAAGAAAACUAGAAGUGAGAUUACGUGUAACACCAUCUCAAUUUCAACUAUAAUUUCAUUUCAUAAUUGUUGGGGGUAUUUAGUUUGGAGAAGCCUACAACAUGUGAGGAAGCCCAGCGGGGGUGGUGAGACCUAAGAAGCCCAAGGUGAGGCGAGGCCCGCGUUGCUACUUGGAGCCCAAAGGCAUACAAAGAAGGCCCAUUUGAUAGUGCCCGGUGCCUGGUGAUUACGUUGGGUGGACGCGUUAAUUCGGGCGCCUAGCAAGAAGAUGUGGAUAAUCGUCCACUAGGCGCCUGGUUCAUAUCAAGUAGGAGUGACCAUUAGACCAGGCGCCUAAAAUAAUGGUAGGGAGCAUUAAAUGCGGUGCUGACGU